AUCAAAUCAAAACUCAUCGCCAAAAACCUCAAUCAGGCCUCAUUGCUCAUCUCAGCACGGCACACACCACCAGCCGCUCAACACGACGCACGCAUCGGCCCCCAAACCGCCACCGAAAGAAAGAGACUCCACCAGACAGUGCUGAUACGUUCUGGCAUCUUCACGUCUACGCCAAGGCAGCGUCAAGCGCCCUCCCGUCCCAUGAGUGACCGUGCCCCCAGGGGUGGUGGCGGUGGUCGGCGUCAUGACCGUCGUCGCGGCGGCGGCGGCGGCGGCGGCAGCGCUCGAUCGCGUCACCGAGUCUCAGCCCCCUCCAGGCAUCUCCGCGAUGCCGAGUCCAGCAGCCUGCUGCCGCCGCCUUCCUCCUCGCAGGCCACCACGGAGUCGAGCCGAGAGAGCACCAUGGCGCCCUCCUCCUCGGGCCACACCCUGCCGCCGCUGACCGAGGCCGUCCCGCUCGACACGCCGCGGUUCGCCGACUUGGCCGGCGGCCAGAGCCCCGUCCACCCCGUCCUGGUGCAGACCAUCACCGAAGACCUGCGUUUCGACCACAUGAUGCCCGUCCAGGCCGCCACCCUCUGGGAGUUGCUGCCCCCCAAGCGCAGCGACUGCCUCGUCCAGGCCAGGACCGGCACCGGCAAGACGGUUGCCUUCUUGCUGCCCGCCCUGCAGACCAUGAUCGGCAGCCGCGCCUCGUCGUCCGAUGCCGGCAUCUCCCUGCUCGUCAUCUCGCCUACCCGCGAGCUUGCCAUGCAGAUUGCCCAAGAGGCGACCAACCUGCUGCAGAGGAUGCCGUCGUACCGCGUGCGCAUCGCUAUUGGCGGCACAAACAAGGACAAGGAGGAGAGGCAUAUCCUCGGCGGCUGCGACGUCCUCAUCGCCACCCCCGGACGCCUCCUCGACCACAUGUCCAACGAGAACGUCAAGUACGCCUUCCGCAACCUCCAAACCCUGGUGCUCGAUGAGGCCGAUCGUCUGCUUGACAUGGGCUUCAUGCCUGCCCUCCGCGACAUCGUCAGCCACCUGCCCGAUAGACGAGAGGUCAACCGGCAGGGAAUGCUCUUCUCCGCCACCAUCGCCCCUCACGUAAACCAGGUCGCCGGUCUCGUCCUGUCCCCGGGCUACAAGUUCAUAUCGACGAUCCCGGCGGGCGAGAUCAACACGCAUGAACGCGUCCCCCAGGCCCUCAUCGUCGCUCCGACCUUUUCUUCCACCGCGGCCGCCAUGGUCGCCAGUGUGCGCCAGGAAGCCACGGAACACGCCAAGUUCAAGGCCAUCGUCUUUGCCCCAACGGCCGCGCUUGCAGGCUUCUACGGACACAUCCUUUCUCUCGUUCCCGGCCUGCCCCCUACCACAACACUGCACAGUCGCAUCUCGCAGAACAAGCGGACCAAGAUCACCAACGACUACCGCGAUGCCGCGGCCGCGAUCCUGGUCGCCACCGACGUGAUUGCUCGUGGCAUGGACUUUCCCGGUGUCACGACCGUAUUUCAAGUCGGCAUACCGUCCGACAAGCAGAGCUACGUCCACCGCCUCGGCCGUACCGCGCGCGCCGACGCCGACGGCCGUGGCUUCUUCAUCGUGUGCGAGCAGGAGGCGUGGUUCCCGCGGUGGAAUCUAAAGGAGAUCAAGUUUGUGCCGAAAGAGGCCGACCUGUCCUACACCGACUUAGUCAACAGCAUCGUGGAGGCCAUGCCCGAGGACGAGCGCGCUCAGAUCUACAAGGCGUGGCUGGGCUACUACAACAACCACCUCAAGGGGCUCAAGUGGGACAAGGAGGAGCUCGUGCGACAGGCCAACGUCUUCGCCCGCGAGGGCCUCGGCUGCCCCGAGACGCCACCCAUAGCGAAGAGCACCGUCGGCAAGAUGGGGCUCCGGGGCACCAGGGGCCUCAACACGGUCCCGGAUCCGCCCCGGCACGGCAGGUCGCAGGGAGGUGGUGGGCGUCGAGGACGGUAAUAAUGCCUGGGACCGGAAUUUGUUGUUUGUCUUAAAAAAGGAGUAAUGGAUCGUUGAUGGCGGG